AUGAUUGUACAGUGGGUAAGUAAACCAGGUUAUAAAGAAGAUGAAUGUACAGUAGAGGAGGUGAUUGUACUCGAGGUAAGAAAACCAGGUUAUAGAGGAGAUGACUAUACAGUAGGCAAGGCAAGUAAACCAUGUUAUAGAGGAGAUGAUUGUACUCUAGAAUGUCCUGAUGGUUUUUAUGGUGCUGGUUGUCAGAAGAAUUGUAAUAAUAGAAAAUGUCUGAAGAAUUCAAUGUGUGAUCAUGUGACAGGAGAAUGUACUGGUGGAUGUUCUGUGGGUUAUAGUCCAACAAUUCUAGAUUGUACUCAAGUUUGUGCUCCAGGAACGUAUGGUUCAGAAUGCAAUAAUUUCUGUUAUUGUUUGAACUAUGAUAAAUGUGAUGUUAUAACUGGUCAAUGUCCUAAUGGAUGUCAGACAGGAUGGUAUGGAGGUAGCUGUAAUACUAGUUGUCAAAGUGGUAAAUAUGGAGAUAGAUGUAAUCAACGAUGUAACAAUAGGCAUUGUAAAAGAUCACAAGAAUGUCAUCAUAUAACAGGACAAUGUACUGAUGGUUGUAAACCAGGUUAUAGAGGAGAAGAUUGUAUAUUGAGUUGUCAAAGUGGUAAAUACGGAUAUAGAUGUAGUAAACGAUGUAACAAGAGACAUUGUAAAAGAUCACAAGAAUGUCAUCAUAUAACAGGACAAUGUACUGAUGGUUGUCAACCCGGUUAUAGAGGAUAUGAUUGUAUAUUGAAAUGCCCGAAUGGUACCUAUGGAGAUAGAUGUAGUAAACUAUGUAACAAGAGACAUUGUAAAGGAUCACAAGAAUGUCAUCAUGCAACAGGACAAUGUACUGAUGGUUGUAAAGCAGGUUAUAGAGGAGAAGACUGUACAGUAGUUGGACUUAAACAGGUGCCAGGUGCCAUGACUAAAGAAUAG